UCGUCUCGCGAUAGAGCGGCGGAGCGGUUUGACGGGCAGUCGAGGUUGCAGCAGGCAGAGGGAGACGGUGGAAGGUAAAGCAGGGAGGCAGCAUCAUGGCGGACAGAGACAGUGGCAGUGACCACGGAGGGCCCACCGCAGGCCCCGGCUCGCUGCCUCCGGGCGCAAUGGGCGCCAUGUCCCGGCUGCAGCACGACACCGAGGAGCUCGCCUCGAAGCGCGUCGACAUCCAGAACAAGCGCUUCUACCUUGACGUGAAGCAGAAUGUUAAAGGCCGCUUCCUAAAGAUAGCCGAGGUCGGGGCUGGGGGAAACAAGAGCCGCCUCACUCUCUCCAUGUCUGUCGCCGUGGAGUUCCGCGACUAUCUCGGGGACUUUAUCGAACAUUACGCCCAGCUGGGCCCGACCAACCCGGACAUGGUGCAGGAUGAGCCCCGGCGGGCGCUCAAGAGCGAAUUCCUGGUGCGGGAGAAUCGGAAAUAUUACAUGGAUCUGAAAGAGAACCAGAGGGGGCGGUUCCUGAGGAUCCGACAGACCGUUAAUCGGGGGCCCGGAUUGGGAAGCGCGCAAGGCCAGACCAUCGCUCUGCCGGCGCAGGGUCUCAUCGAGUUCCGCGACGCUUUAGCCAAACUCAUCGACGACUACGGCGUGGACGAGGAGCCGGCGGAGCUCCCGGAGGGCACCUCGCUCACUGUCGACAACAAGCGCUUCUUCUUUGACGUGGGCUCCAAUAAGUACGGGGUGUUCAUGCGGGUGAGUGAGGUGAAGCCCACGUACCGGAACUCCAUUACGGUUCCCUGCAAAGUGUGGUCCAAAUUCGGUAACACCUUCUGUAAAUACGCGGAGGAGAUGAGGAAGAUCCAGGAGAGGAGUAGAGAGAAAAGGGCCUCGGAACUGCUACCUGAGGGCCCGCACGGCGGAGACGACGGCGACGAUGACUGACGCGGAUUUUAGGAGAGCUGACAUGAAACAACCGAGACAACGUUGGACUCUGAAGAGAAAAAAAACAACCCAGACUUUUAACUGUAAAAUAGAAAGAGAAUCUACAAGGGAAUCACCCCACACACACAACCUCCACAGACAUGGCAGCACCUCUGCUGUCUCCUCGCUCAUUUUACUGGAUGUCACCCCACUUACCACCCAUGUAACAGUAAGCCGCUGCUAUCAAGGACUGAACUGUGGUGGGGGAUGCAAAAGGAUAUUAAAAAAGGUCCAUAUGUGGGAGCGCAAGGCGCAGAAACAAACAGACAAAAAAAGACGCGUCAGCGCAGCGCGCGGCGAGGCAACGCAUCCUCUCUGACGUCAUUACGACCCGUGCCUUAUACACUCCACUCGUUUACGUGUUCUCACGUGGAUGGUCUGUGACCUCGACCGCUGUAUGUUUUCAUUUACGAGUGCUGUUAUGUAGGCAGAAAUAUAUACUCACCAGGGCUGUGGGAUUCACACCCCUGCAGUGCAUGGAGCAUGCGUGGCAACACCAAAAGUAAAGCUGAAAGGCUGCUGGGAGCUGGGGGCAGGGGGUGGGUCCAGUUGUGUUCUUGGGUGUUGUUGGCACUUUGGGGGCUAUGCAUGUUGUGCUAUGGCGCAACAUGGAGCCCAGCAUCCCUAGCCGCACCCCUGGCUCAACGGACUGAUCGGUGCCCCCCGAGAUCUCACUGAGUGUGCGCGAGCGUGGAAAGUAAGCUGGAAAUGUUAUGGGUGGCUUUGCUCACCAUAUGCACCAUGAUGUUAAAAAGAAAAACGAAAAAUGAAAAAAACAGCAACAACAACAAAAAUAUAUAAAUACAAUAAAAAUAAAAAAACGAAAACCCAGGAGCGGCUGGAUGAGGCUUAUUUGUCAGAGCUGAGAUGGAUGCUGUUAAAGAGCCAGGCAGUCAGCCAGCCAGGCAGGCCAGCCGGCCGGCCGGUCCCAUGCAGUCAGUACGAAUGCGGUCCAGCGGAUGUAGAGGCCUAUCAGUGCAGGGCCGAGGCAGUGUCUAUCUCUUUAUGGUGCUACAGCCCCUUGAUCGCUCCUUGGGGGCCUCGCCGCUCAGAAUAUGUCACUUUUGCAUUGUUAUUCUGAUGCUUCUUUUUUUCCCCUUUCCUCCACAGUAUGUCGUCCAAAACGUGUCAGGUUUCCCCUCCCAGCCAGAGACGAAGCCACUGACUAGUGUAGGACAUUUUAUAUUAGUGUGCAAUAUUGUGUACGUGCCAAUCGUGGCAUUGUAUCACGUGUAUAGACGAAAAAAAUGUAUAGGCUAUGUGAUCAGUAGAUAUUUGAAAGCAUGAUGAUGAAGUGGAUGCAUCGCAUUAUAUUUCCAAAAUGUGAAGACUUUUACUUCUCGAGGUGAAAAAAGUCAGACUCGUUGUGAGUUUUUUUGAAUUGUUUUUCUUCCUGUCACUUUCUGUAAACCAGUAGGCUGCCUUGUCUGUCUCUCAGUGCGCGUAGACUAGCUCGGGUAUUUUACGUCCUCCCUUAGGAAAACGAAAAAAAAGUUCUCCUCCAAACACACAACACAGACCGUCAACAACCUCUGACUGUCUCCAUGUUGGCCCUUCUACACUAAGCUUGAAUAGUAUCUUGGGACUUGGGUCCAGGGGUGGCUGGCAUACACACACAUACACGCACGCACACACACACACACAUACUCUCCCCCUGUUAAGGCCUCUUGUUGAUAUCUGAGUGUUUGGGAGGCCUCUGAAGUGUUUUGAAUUGUGUCUAGAACUGCACAAGGCCUCCUGUCAUUAGGAGAAAGAGAACUGUGUGCUUGGAGCCUGAGUGCGAGCCCUCGCUCACCUGGGACUGCAGUACAGGUGAACCGCAGUUUGACUUAGGCUUUUCUGGGGUUUCAAUCGAGCCGGGUGAUAGCGAUCAGCCGCGGCAGAAGCCAAAGGACAGAGGAGUUUGUUGUUGUUUUCAUGGCGAGGAUCACAAUCCCCUCUGAUGUGGGAAGACUCUUGUCGCAGUCUCGCUCCCUUUCCCAGGCGUUAAAAAAAGGCUUGUUGCUUGUGCACUAUUCAUCACUUAGGACGUGUAGUCCAUCCCUUCAUUUUGACUCAGCUGACUCAGCCCUGCACUGAGGUCCUGCUGAACUCUCAGUGUGUUAAAUACGACUGAGCCUGUCGGUGUGGCAUGCCACCUAGCUGACGGGAAGGGAACACUUUAGAGGCCUCAGCUGGAUAAAAGCGGCUAAAAGCGAGGCCUACCGUGUAUGUAGGAGAGCUGAGGCCGGGCCGAAAGCAGAAGUCCCCGGAGCACACUUGGGCUCCUAAGGUGUCACAAGUUCAAUCCUUAGUUUUAAAAGCUGAUUUGUGUCUGAUUGGCUGCGUUUGUGAUGGCAGGAGAAGAAAAAAAGGUUCCAGAAAAUCCCAUCUGUUCACCACAGGACUGUUUCUGGCCCACGUUUGUCUCAGUGACAGUGAAAGGCCCGAUGAAGCCUGGCACUGCACUGUAAGGGCUUACCAGCAGCAGCAGCAGCAGCCUGCCACAACCUUCCAACCCGGCUGCAGACAGAUCGAGUUAGGACCUUUCUCUCUGGAAAUCUCUUCCACUUCUUACAGAGAUGAUUAUAUUUCCUCACACUGCCCUCAAUACAAAAAACAUUUAUUUUCAUUGAAUGCACGUACAAACCACCUAUGACUAUGUGCCCAGAAAAGCACAUCUGAGGUCAACCUGAGUUCAUCUUGAGGUCACCGCGAGUCUGAAGUCACUGUGGUGAUACAGCACUUAUUCCCCAAAGUGUUCUAGCUUUAGCCUGACUGACUUUAAUCAUGUCUGCUACAUGCUAAGACUGGAAAUACGACGCUUCCUUUCUCUUUUUCUCUAAUGGCCAAAUAUGAGGAGAGCCUGAACAUGCUCAUAGAGUUCACUUUGUGAAUGCCUCACUCUGUGAAACGCACACAUUGUUCGCUUCUUUUUUUGUUUUCAAAAAAGAUUUAAACAUGUGUUCUUUUGUUUUCUCCAGGUGCUACUGGGUCGGUUGUGUUUUUAGCUUUGAACGUGGCUUUUUCGGGUCUUUGUCUGAAGCGUACUUCCGGUGCGAUCAAACCUGAUUUUGUGAGACCUUUACCUGGAGUCACCUCGCAACCACGUUGUGCCCACAUCUACACAGUCAUCCAUCUCUAGGACUUAAAUGCAGCAUGGUAGGCGGAUGCCGUUCGUCUCGUUUUCUGUGUCAGCGGACGUGAUGGUGUGCCGUCUUCGGGUGGCUCCGGACGGGUUGGAUGUGCAUGAGCGAUGCUGCUCUGUGCUUGUUAGCGCCGUUUCAAUUAUUUUCUCCACAGCAGCAGCCAUCAUAGUGAUCUCUAACCAUGAUGUUAACCGAACUUUCGCCCGCAGUAUUCAUUUGUCAGAUUUGACUUAAGUGUGCCGUUUUCUUCCGUUGAUCAGACUACAGGUAACCAGACCAUUCCUGGUCAGACUGAGGAGAGGUUAAGUUGUAGAUGCAGCGAUAUCUACUUGCUGCACGCACCUCAGUGUCAGAUUGCUAGGAUGGCUCCGCUGUAGGUGGGAAACAAACCGUCUAUAUGACGGUUUAACAGAAAACUUCCACAAAUGAAACGCGGCUGCCGGCUCGCGCCUCCACCAGACUAUACGAGUACUAACUAAAAAAACAAAAAAAGUAAAGAACUGACUGAACUUCUGUUAAGGUGUUCAAAACAACCAAAUGUGCUCUGUUUCUGGUUUCCAGUGUUGUAGUCUUUCAUUGGCCAUUCGGACUUUCUGGUUAAUCACACAACCAAUCGCAGCCUCUGGUCAAAGCCAAGCACUAUAUGACUCAUUAGAAAACCACAGACAGAGGAGCUCAUUCAGCAUGUCUUCUGUUUGCACACGCACCGAGCAGUAGGGUCCACCGUGUUCGCAGACUGUAAAAGCUACUGUUGUGUAUAGUUCUUGAAGACGUCCUUGAAGCUGUUCUGGAGAUGUUGGGUUAAAUGGAUCCUGGAUUUUUAAGGGGGUGGGGUCAAUGCACAAUGAACAUAUCCCAUUGUCACCGUUUGGUCUCAAUCCCUUUACCAUCCCCAUAAGAGAUAAUAUGUUGUAUCUUUCGAAAAUAUUUUAUCUGUGGCGUGUGUGUGUGUGUGUAUAUAUAUAUACAUAUAUAUAUAUGGUUUGUUAUAUAUGAUGCUCCUCCUUUCAGAAAAAUAUAACAUGUAAACAGGAAAAACAUUGCUGUUUUUUUCCUUUGUAUUUUAUACUUACAGAAAGCAUUGAAUAAAAAUGGAUAAAUACUUGCACUUUAGAUAUAUUAAGAAAAAUAAAAAUCUGCAUAUUAUUUUUGAUAGGGAUCUCACAUUUAAAGAGUAUAAAUUACAGGCUUUGUGACUAUUGCUGGACAGAGAUGUAUUGAGUUCUACUUAUUGAAGUAUAUUUUGUCUGUGUCAGAAGGUUUACUAAAGUAAAUUGCAUGAUAAAGUAGUGCUACACCGAUAUUGGUUUCUUUUGUUCGUUUUAUUUUGUUUUUUUAGUUGAUAAAAUGUCUGAAAACUGUGAUAACGACCCUCUUGUAUCAUGUUUAACCUCUCCUCACCCAUUCUAGGAUAUUUCUUACUGAAAUAUGGCCUUUUCCUGACUAUAUGACGAUGGUGCUUACUUUGGCUUUGACAUCGAGCUCAUCCUAUACAUCUCGACAUCAUCAUCAUAAUUCGCGUCCUUACACUCCAUUUCUUUCUGUUAUGUACUCUCACUACCUUAUUAAAUUUCCGUUGAUGGCAAAAAAAUAAAACAAAGGUGUGCUGUUUUGUACAUUGCUGUUUGUUUUAAUGUUGAGGGAGCUUUGUUGUCUGAAAAAUGACUAAUGGCGCAAUAAAAUGUCAUUCCACA